AUGAGUCUGGCACAAUAUUGCACGGUGCCAUUGCGAUCAAGCCUCUAUAAUGAUAAUGAGGUUGUUAUGUCAUCCUUCCUUAUUAAAAGGCCUACAUUGAGUACAUCGUCUUUGGAUGAACAGAAUGAAGCUACAUAUAACUAUCCCCAUCAUCAUAACCUUACGUGGAAAAUAAGUCAUAAAUAUUGGUGUGUAUUGAGGAAGAUUCAAUUUAGUUAUUAUAAGGAUGAGACGGAGAGGAAACCGGAACGAGUUAUACCAAUUACCGAUGUGCUCAACUGCAGGGUAUAUGAAGGUACUAAGAUGGAUUUAUAUACUAGGGAUAAGACGCUUAGGUUUGAAGCUGACGACCCUUCGGUGAUACAGAUGUGGGAUAAAGCCUUAAGAUCACUGAUUAAUGGUGAUGCUAACUAUCCCGGCCCUGAAACUGGUAUAGAUGGAAUUAGGUCACCGGAGUUUGAGACAGAGGCAAAGAAUGCUAAUGCUCCUGAUGAUAUUCAACAGCAUGGGGUAGGUCUAGAUGACGAGGAGGAGGAUGAAGACGAGGAUGAUGGGUUUGACGUUGUCUGCGAGACAGACGCAGAAGCCACCCGGAGACCACCAACCGCAAAGGACGGUGCUAAAACUACAGACAUCUGUUCAAUAAAUAAUGGUGGAGUUCUAGAAGAAGACAAGGAGUUUUAUGAAUCUUACAAUCCUAAGAAGGAUGAACAGUUGAUCCAAAGUGGUCUUUUAUAUGGGCAGGUACGGAAUUCCAUACGUAGGAAGAGAUGGAAGUCAUUCAAAGGCGAGCUUACUAAUAGACAGCUAAGACUAGUUUCGCCAACUACUGAUAAAAUUUAUGCUUCAAUUAACCUAGAUGAUGUCGUAGAUUGCGUUGAACUAGAUAAAUCUGAUCCAUGCUUUGCACUUAUAGUGACUAGUCUACGGUUGAAAUUUAAAGCUAAAAAUGAUGAUGAGAUGAUUGACUGGAUAAUUAACAUCAAAAGCUCAGUUUUGGUAAGGGAAAAGAUUUCCAACUCUGGACCAUAA